AUGAAUGAGACACGGAAUCAGGCUCAACAAUCAUACAAAAAUGCUUUAAAAGAUGGUGAACGUACAAAAGAUGAAAUGUGUUCACAUGUGUUUCCUUGUUAUCCAAGAAUAAAAAAUGUUUAUAAUUGUCUAACAGAAAUUGUUCGCAGCAAUUGGCCUGCAAUGUAUAUGAAACUGAUCCAGUACUUUAAUUGGAAUAUACAUAAACAAUGGCUUCUAGAUAUAAAACGGACAGCAGAUUUAGCAACUAAAUGGCAAAUAUUCUAUAAUAAUGCUAAACGUACAAUGGUUACUGACACAGAAGGAUAUGUUAAACUUGAAACGAUUAAUAUACCAGGUUAUAAAGAUUUGGACCCCGUUGAGUGCAUAAAUUCAAAUAAGAGUUAA